GAUCACUCUAAUCUAAAAACCAGAGCAAGCAGGCUUAGUUUCACGACGGUGCUCUGCUCUGAAUUCCUCCUCUCUGCUCCGCUUUCUCUCCGGCCAAUCACUAAUUUUCUUUCCCAGCUUUUUAUUCGCUGGCUUUUCGAGUUCUUCGUCGCUGGAUCUUGUAAAAUCCGUCGUCUAUUCAUAGCUUAGUGUCGAUUUUGUUUUUCUUGAUAAGAUUUGGUGCUUUUAAGAACUUUUUAAAGGUUUCGUUGGAUCUUAAACUCUGCGUUUUGGCUUCUAAUACGCGAAGAAAAAGGAAAACUUAUCCAACUCAAUCCUUAAAUUUCGGCUGCUUUUCCGAUUUUAUCUCUUUCGAAUCUUAAUUAGCAAUUACAUCCAAUUUAUGUAAGAAAAACCAUAACAAACAGCGAAAACAGAAUUGUCAACAAUGUCGGCGACCUCCAGCUCUCUCCUUCAACCGCGAGCUAGCUCUCUGUCUAAUCUCGCCAAUUCGUCGUCCGUUUCACCUAAACUUGCCGUUAUUUCUCCGUUAUCACGCCGUAAUACAGCAACACGGUGUUCUUCUACGAGAAAAUCAACGGUGUUGGAUAAGAAAAUACUCGGAGCAAAACUUCGGGCGCCUGGAUCCGGGAGGCUCCAUUUCUGGCAAUCAGAUGGACCGGGAAAGUCUCCGAAGCUCCGAGUUAUGGUUCGCUCCGCAUUGUCUGGAGUGCCGGAGAAGCCUCUCGGUCUUUAUGAUCCGUCUUUUGAUAAGGAUUCGUGUGGCGUCGGUUUUGUUGCUGAGUUAUCCGGUGAAAGUAGCCGCAAAACGGUGUCUGAUGCGUUGGAGAUGUUAAUACGCAUGUCACACAGAGGCGCGUGUGGCUGCGAUGCUAAUACCGGUGACGGAGCUGGUAUUCUUGUUGCUCUUCCUCACGAAUUUUACCAAGAGGUUGCUAAAGAAAGUGGUUUUGAGCUACCCGCACUUGGAGAAUAUGCAGUGGGUAUGUUCUUUUUGCCCACAUCAGAUAAUCGAAGGGAAGAGAGCAAAAAUGUUUUUACUAAGGUUGCGGAAUCGCUUGGGCAUACAGUUCUUGGUUGGAGGAGAGUGCCGACAGACAAUUCAGGAUUGGGAAAUGCUGCUCUGCAAACUGAACCAGUGGUGGAGCAAGUUUUCCUCACUCCUACCCCUAAAUCUAAAGCUGAUCUUGAACAGCAGAUGUACAUAUUAAGAAGAGUGUCGAUGGUUGCUAUCCGAGCUGCAUUGAACCUUCAACAUGGCGGUGUUAGAGACUUCUAUAUAUGUUCUCUUUCGUCUAGGACUGUUGUUUAUAAAGGUCAAUUAAAGCCAGUACAGGUGAAGGAUUACUAUUAUGCAGAUCUUGGCAAUGAAAGGUUUACGAGCUACAUGGCCCUGAUACACUCACGGUUUUCAACAAAUACAUUUCCUAGCUGGGAUCGUGCUCAACCUAUGCGAGUCUUAGGCCAUAAUGGGGAAAUUAAUACACUUAGAGGCAACGUGAACUGGAUGAAAGCACGUGAAGGUUUACUAAAGUGUAAGGAGCUUGGCCUCUCUAAGAAUGAGAUGAAGAAGCUUCUACCUAUUGUAGAUGCUAGUUCUUCUGACUCAGGGGCUUUUGAUGGUGUCCUUGAGCUUCUGGUUCGAGCUGGGAGAAGUCUCCCAGAAGCUGUAAUGAUGAUGAUCCCCGAAGCUUGGCAGAAUGAUAAAAAUAUGGACCCUCAACGGAAGGCCUUGUACGAAUACUUCUCAGCCCUCAUGGAGCCCUGGGAUGGGCCUGCACUUAUCUCAUUUACCGAUGGCCGAUACCUUGGAGCUACUUUAGACCGCAAUGGACUGCGUCCAGGAAGGUUUUACGUCACUCGAAGUGGACGAGUUAUUAUGGCUAGUGAAGUUGGUGUUGUGGAUAUUCCACCUGAAGAUGUCCUUAGAAAAGGAAGACUUAAUCCCGGGAUGAUGCUUCUGGUGGAUUUUGAGAAACAUAUUGUAGUAGAUGAUGAAGCCUUGAAGCAACAAUACUCCCUAGCAAGGCCCUAUGGCGAGUGGCUGAAAAGGCAGAAGAUCACACUGAAGGACAUUGUUAGCUCAGUGCCUGAUUCUGAUCUGACCCUUCCUGCUAUUGCAGGAUCUGUUCCUGUGUCUAAUGAUGACGACAACAUGGAGAACUUGGGCAUCCGUGGUUUACUAUCACCGCUGAAAGCUUUUGGCUACACUAUUGAAGCCUUGGAGAUGCUGUUGCUUCCCAUGGCAAAACAUGGGUCAGAGGCUCUUGGUUCAAUGGGAAAUGAUGCUCCUUUGGCCGUCAUGUCUGACAGAGAAAAACUUACUUUUGAGUAUUUCAAGCAAAUGUUUGCUCAAGUGACAAAUCCCCCAAUUGAUCCUAUAAGAGAGAAGAUAGUCACUUCCAUGGAGUGCAUGAUUGGACCAGAAGGUGAUCUGACAGAAACAACCGAGGAGCAAUGCCAUCGCCUAUCACUAAAAGGUCCUCUUUUGUCCAUUGAGGAAAUGGAAGCCAUUAAAAAGAUGAACUACAGAGGUUGGCGAAGCAAAGUUGUAGAUAUUACUUAUUUGAAGAAAUAUGGUAGAAAGGGGUUAGAGGAGACCUUAGAUAGGAUUUGUGCUGAAGCACGUGAUGCAAUUAAAGAGGGUUAUAAUUUGCUGGUUCUGUCUGACAGAGCCUUCUCAUCAAAGCGCGUUGCUGUAAGCUCUCUUUUGGCUGUUGGCGCUGUCCAUCACCAUCUAGUUAAAAAACUUGAGCGUACCAGAAUAAGUUUGAUAGUUGAAUCUGCAGAACCUCGGGAAGUGCACCAUUUCUGUACGCUGGUUGGUUUUGGUGCUGAUGCCAUUUCCCCAUACCUAGCCAUAGAGGCCAUUUGGAGAUUACAGGUAGAUGGAAAGAUCCCACCUAAAUCUACUGGAGAAUUUCACUCAAAGGAAGAGUUAGUCAAAAAGUACUUUAAAGCAAGCAACUAUGGAAUGAUGAAAGUUCUUGCUAAAAUGGGAAUUUCGACUUUGGCCUCAUAUAAGGGUGCUCAGAUUUUUGAAGCUCUGGGUCUUUCUUCGGAAGUGAUUGAGAAGUGCUUUGCAGGAACACCCAGCAGAGUUGAGGGAGCAACUUUUGAGAUGCUUGCCCGUGAUGCACUUCAUUUGCAUGAAUUGGCAUUUCCCACCCGUGUCUUCCCUCCUGGAAGUGCUGAAUCGGUAGCUCUACCCAAUCCUGGGGAUUACCAUUGGAGAAAAGGUGGCGAAAUCCACUUGAAUGAUCCUCUUGCUAUAGCAAAGCUUCAAGAAGCUGCCAGAGGUAACAGCGUGGCAGCAUACAAGGAAUAUUCUAAACGCAUUCAAGAGUUGAACAAGGCCUGCAAUUUGCGUGGACUUCUGAAGUUCAAAGACUCGGAAUUUAAAAUUCCAUUAGAUGAAGUUGAACCAGCCAGUGAGAUUGUUAAACGGUUCUGUACUGGGGCUAUGAGCUAUGGAUCAAUAUCAUUGGAGGCACACACAACUCUGGCUAUUGCUAUGAAUACAAUAGGAGGGAAAUCAAACACAGGCGAGGGAGGUGAACAACCAUCUCGCAUGGAGCCUCUUUCAGAUGGGUCCAUGAAUCUGAAGAGAAGUGCAAUUAAGCAGGUUGCAAGUGGGAGAUUUGGAGUUUCAAGUUAUUAUCUAACAAAUGCUGAUGAAUUACAGAUUAAGAUGGCCCAGGGUGCCAAGCCUGGAGAGGGAGGUGAGCUUCCUGGCCACAAGGUCAUAGGAGACAUUGCAGUUACCAGAAAUUCUACAGCUGGUGUGGGACUUAUCAGUCCUCCCCCUCAUCAUGAUAUAUAUUCAAUUGAAGACCUUGCCCAAUUGAUUCAUGAUCUUAAGAAUUCGAAUCCAGGAGCUCGUAUAAGUGUCAAAUUAGUAUCUGAAGCAGGCGUGGGGGUCAUUGCUAGUGGGGUGGUGAAGGGGCAUGCUGACCAUGUUUUGAUAUCGGGUCAUGAUGGUGGUACAGGGGCUUCUAGAUGGACUGGCAUCAAGAAUGCUGGGCUCCCAUGGGAAUUAGGAUUAGCUGAGACCCAUCAAACACUUGUUGCUAAUGACCUUCGUGGCCGCACAGUUCUUCAGACAGAUGGCCAACUGAAAACUGGUAGAGAUGUGGCUGUUGCUGCACUUCUUGGUGCAGAAGAAUUUGGCUUCAGCACCGCACCUCUUAUAACACUCGGCUGUAUUAUGAUGCGAAAGUGUCAUAAGAACACUUGUCCUGUUGGUAUUGCCACCCAAGAUCCAGUUCUGAGGGAGAAGUUUGCUGGAGAGCCUGAACAUGUUAUCAACUUCUUCUUUAUGCUAGCAGAGGAACUCAGGGAGAUAAUGUCUCAGCUUGGUUUCCGAACUCUCCGGGAGAUGGUGGGUCGCUCUGACAUGCUUGAAGUUGACAAAGAAGUCAUCAAGAACAAUGAGAAGUUGGAAAAUAUUGAUCUCUCUCUAUUACUCAGACCUGCUGCUGAUAUUCGUCCUGAAGCUGCCCAAUACUGUGUCCAAAGGCAAGAUCAUGGCUUGGACAUGGCUUUGGAUCAAAAAUUGAUAAGCCUCUCCCAGGCUGCACUGGAGAAAAGUCUUCCUGUGUACAUUCAGACACCAAUAUGCAAUGUGAACCGUGCUGUUGGUACAAUGCUUAGUCAUGAAGUUACCAAGCGUUACCACUUGUCUGGGCUUCGUUCAGAUACAAUUCAUAUCAAGCUUACAGGAAGUGCCGGCCAGAGUCUGGGAGCUUUCCUUUGUCCCGGCAUUACACUAGAGCUAGAAGGUGACAGCAACGACUAUGUUGGCAAAGGAUUGUCAGGUGGGAAGGUUGUAGUUUAUCCUCCAAAAGGCAGCCUAUUUGAUCCGAAAGAGAAUAUAGUUAUCGGCAACGUAGCUCUUUAUGGUGCCACAAAUGGUGAGGCAUAUUUUAAUGGAAUGGCUGCAGAAAGGUUCUGUGUCCGUAAUUCUGGAGCCAGAGCAGUUGUGGAGGGUGUUGGUGAUCAUGGUUGUGAAUACAUGACUGGUGGUACUGUUGUUGUGCUUGGAAAAACUGGAAGGAAUUUUGCAGCAGGUAUGAGUGGUGGUAUUGCUUAUAUUCUUGAUGUGGAUGGGAAAUUUCAUUCUCGAUGCAAUCUUGAGCUGGUAGAUCUUGAUAAAGUAGAGGAAGAAGAGGAUAUUAUGACACUCAGAAUGAUGAUACAGCAACAUCAACGUCAUACAAACAGCCAACUUGCUAAAGAAGUUCUUGCUGAUUUGGACAAUCUUCUGCCUAAGUUUAUCAAAGUCUUCCCUAGGGAUUACAAACGUAUUCUUGCCAACAUGAAACAGGAAGCAUCCUUAAAAGAUGCGGUAGAGGAAGAUGCUAAUGAAGCUGAGGAUCAGGAUGAAGCAGAGUUAAAAGAGAAGGAUGCCUUUGAGGAGCUUAAGAAGAUGGCAGCAUCAUCUUUGAAUGGGAAAUCCAAUCAGGAGGUUGAAAAAGCUGAUGCAGCAAAAAGGCCUACUGAGGUUAAUGCUCCGGUUAAGCACAGAGGCUUUGUCGCAUAUGAACGUGAGGGUGUUCGAUACAGAGAUCCAAAUAUCCGAAUGAAUGACUGGAAGGAAGUUAUGCUGGAAUCAGAACCUGGUCCUCUUUUAAAGACUCAGUCAGCUCGUUGCAUGGACUGUGGUACACCUUUCUGCCAUCAAGAGAACUCUGGAUGUCCUUUGGGGAACAAGAUACCUGAAUUUAAUGAAUUAGUGUACCAAAAUAGGUGGCGUGAAGCAUUGGAUCGCCUCCUUGAGACUAAUAAUUUUCCAGAGUUUACUGGCCGAGUGUGCCCUGCCCCUUGUGAAGGUUCUUGUGUACUUGGCAUUAUUGAGAACCCUGUUUCUAUCAAAAGCAUUGAGUGCAGUAUCAUUGAUAAGGCAUUUGAUGAAGGGUGGAUGGUGCCUCGGCCACCCCUGAAGAGAACGGGGAAAAAGGUCGCUAUUGUUGGAAGUGGACCAGCUGGAUUGGCUGCUGCUGAUCAACUAAACAGAAUGGGUCACUUAGUGACAGUGUACGAGCGAGCUGAUAGAAUUGGAGGGUUAAUGAUGUAUGGAGUGCCCAACAUGAAGACUGACAAAGUGGAUGUAGUUCAGCGCCGAGUUAAUCUGAUGGCCGAAGAGGGCACCAAUUUUGUUGUCAAUGCUAAUGUUGGGACUGAUCCUCUCUACUCUCUUGAUCGGCUCCGAGAGGAGAAUGAUGCUAUUAUUUUGGCAGUAGGAGCGACAAAGGCUAGGGACCUUCCUGUACCAGGGAGGGAAUUAUCAGGAGUCCAUUUUGCCAUGGAGUUUCUUCAUUCCAAUACAAAAAGUUUACUAGAUAGUAAUUUAGAGGAUGGUAAUUACAUAUCUGCUAAGGGUAAAAAGGUAGUUGUCAUUGGUGGAGGUGACACCGGUACAGAUUGCAUCGGUACAUCUAUUCGGCAUGGCUGUAGUAGCAUCGUAAAUCUAGAGCUUCUACCUGAGCCACCACUAACUAGAGCUCCCGGAAACCCAUGGCCACAGUGGCCUCGCACUUUCCGUGUGGAUUAUGGGCAUCAAGAAGCUGCUUCUAAGUUUGGCAAAGACCCGAGGUCUUAUGAAGUUUUGACAAAGCGUUUUAUCGGAGAUGAAAAUGGAAAUGUAAAAGGACUUGAGACCGUAUGCGUCAGUUGGGAGAAGGAUGCUAGUGGGAGAUUUCAGUUUAAGGAGGUCGAGGGCAGCCAAGAAAUUAUAGAGGCCGACCUUGUCCUAUUAGCCAUGGGGUUCCUUGGUCCUGAGUCGAAUGUGGCAGACAAGUUGGGCUUGGAGCAGGACAAUAGAUCAAACUUGAAGGCAGAUUAUGGCCGUUUCGCGACCAAUGUAGACGGUGUAUUUGCAGCAGGGGAUUGCCGGCGCGGGCAAUCUCUUGUUGUGUGGGCUAUAUCAGAGGGUCGCCAAGCUGCUUCUCAGGUUGAUAAAUAUCUCACAAAAGAAGACGACGAUGUCGCAAGUACAGAUAACACCCAGGAUGAUCUUGUGAAGAGACACCAAGAUCUCACAAAGAGGCAACGAGAGCAAACAGUCAUGACGUAGAUGAGACGACUUAUAGAAAUUGAUUCACUUACAUGUUGAAAAAUCCUGAAGUCAGUAGAGAAUCCAUGAACUUUGGAGCUAAUUGACAGGGAAAAGGUGGAGUCAUGCUUAGUAGAGAGCAAGCUUCCUCGGGGGUGGGUACAGGAAGUAGAAAAUAUAAGUAUUUUUUAUUUAUAUGAUAUUGUUGAUAGGCUCAGUCUGCUUGUUUGGGAAUUUAGUUAUGUUUAUGUUGUUAUUCAGGAACGAUGUACAGUUUUGUUUCUCAAUCUUCAAAUAUAUGGGAAAUUUCUGUUUA